AUGGCGAUUCAAGUGCCAAAACUCUCCGAGCUGGCAGUUUUCAACCCACCCUGCACGACUCGCACCUGGCUCUCAACACCACACCCCCACCUCCCCAUAAUCGCAACAGCCUGUUCCGACAAAACAGUCCGAAUCUACAGUCUACAAUCCUUCCAACAACUGAGCGUAAUCGCUGGUGGCCACAAAAGAAGUAUCCGAUCCUGCGCCUGGAAGCCCAACAGCGUAGGCGAGAGCGUCCUAGCGACUGGUUCUUUUGAUGCAAGUGCGGGGAUCUGGAAACGAUGGGAAGAAGGCGCAGGAACAGGAACCAUAGGAGGGAGGGACAAUCAUGAAGAAGGUGAAAGGGACUUCACAGGAGGGCUAGCUGGUGGCGAUGGAGAGAAAGAUGGCGAGGAUGAUGAGGAAUGGAGAUUGGAGGUUAUACUUGAUGGACAUGAUUCCGAGAUCAAGAGUUUGGCGUUCUGUCCUACAGCGCCUUUGUUGGCGACUUGUAGUCGGGACAAGAGUGUCUGGGUGUGGGAGGAGUUGGACGAGGAUAACUUUGAGACAAUGGCGGUGCUACAGGAUCACGAGGGGGACGUGAAAUGUGUGGCAUGGCAUCCUGAGGAGCAAUUGCUUGCCUCGGGAAGUUAUGACGAUCGGAUACGAUUAUGGAGAGAGGAUGUGGAUGACUGGGCUUGCUGCACGCUGCUUGAUGGCCAUGCAGGCACUGUAUGGUGGUUGGAAUUCGAAGCUUCAACGAGGGUGGGAAAGGUAGAAGGUGGGGAGGGGCGGACGGACGAACAGAAAGCUUUGCUCGAAGAAAGAACGAAGGCUGGAGCAAGACUAAUGAGCUGUUCCGAUGACAAGACAAUACGCGUGUGGAGGAGGAAGCCAAAGGAGAAGUCUGAGCCUGCCCCGACUGGGCAAGGUAGGAUGCCUAGUAUAUGGAAGAACAACAACUUCGAGGAGGAUUGGAUCGAAGAGGCGAGAUUGCCGCAGCUUCAUGAUCGGCCAAUCUAUGCUGUUAGCUGGAGUAAGAAGACUGGCAGGGUGGUUAGUGCAGGCAGUGAUGGCAUCAUUGUGGUGUACGAGGAACGGUGGAGAAGAGAAAAGCCAGUGGAUAUCGAAAUGGCAAACACAACACCGGAAGCUGUAAAUGGUGCAACAGAGCGGCCUGCAAAUUUGACGGAGUGGGUUGUGGUGGCACAGAUUGAGAAUGCUCAUGAUGUGUUUGAAGUGAACCACGUCACCUGGGCACCUAGAUAUGAUAAAGGCAAGCGGUCAGAUGAUGAAGAAAUCGUCAUCAGUACUGGCGAUGACGGCGAUGUCAAGGCUUGGGUUCUGGACGGAUGAAAGUGUCUUGAGGAAACCCAGCAGCACUCUCUCACCCGUUUCAAGGACAUCACCGAUGUAUAAUGCUAUUGGCGAGUGGUCAUGAAAAUACCUAAUUACUGUCCACAGAUAGUAAGAGUGUUUGCGCCAUACAGUACAGUCGAUCGCGACAUACCUGUAGCCGGUCUUUGGUUUACGCAUACCGACUCAAGCCUCCGAUGCCGUGCGUCGCUGCUCAUCGCGUCGUCUGGAAGACGACAUUUCCUAGCCGUGGCUUUUAGUCUGCCCAUCUACAAAAAUUGCGCAAUUACUCGCUGAGCGUGCAUAGUCGCCAUUAGCGGUGGCUGUGCUGAAUGUCGGUUGUGGUUGACGAGCAAGGACCAGGUAGGAGCGGACCAAGCUGUUUACCUGCAUCCAGGAAGCCAAGCGUGAACUGAUGACUGUAUCUCACUUGGAAUUGCAAAGGAUACACGUACUCGCGACUUCGUAACCUCAUCCCUCCAACAUCUCUACACAGAAGCGCAAACAGUGUAAGUACAGUGCAGAUAUGGCUGUCACCGCGGUAUUGCCUGGCGUCACUAUCAGCGUCGUCGCCGAAGACAGGGUCUUGCAGGAGUACCCGGACGUGGAAGUCAAGGACAACAAGAAGACGACGACUCGAUAUAUUGAGGCUGUCUCCGGACAGACAUUCAGUUUGGAGUUUGAAGUCACGAAGGAGACUCCCAUGCUCGGCACAUAUCUCGCCUUCCACGUCUUUGUAGAUGGCACUGAGGUCGAUGAGCUUGGACUGGACACCGGUUACAUUCGCUUGUACGGAGACAAAGGCAUAAGUCAGGGACGCUACUUGCAUGGAGGUCUACUACAGAGAUACUGCUUCACCGACCUCAACAUAGGUACAUGCAGAUUCCAGACUGCCCGCCUCCAAUGCGAGUAUAUUCAUUGCUCACUGGCCCCUAGUAGAUCACAACGACCAUGUCAGCCAGGAUUUGAUGUCCAAGCUGAAAGAGCUUGGGACCAUAAGAAUCGAGGUUCAUCACAAGAAUAGGUCGUCCGUCCAUCUGCCGAGCGCCGGGUUCGACACGCUGUUACCCGCAACUGGCGCUGUUUCAGAGAAAGCUCUCAAAGGACAAUCAGUCAUGCAGGCUGUACAGUAAGUGAGAGUACAGCGGAUCGUGUAAUGGGUCUGACCUGAGCAGACUGGGGACAGCGAUCUGUGGAGCACAUGAUGUCGCAUUCGGGAGCGCCUUCUUUGUUGAUCCCUCCAGGACACCAGCAGCAACGUUCCUCUUCUGCUACCGGCCGCGAGGUAUCGUUCCUACUCAUGCCAAGCAACUGUAUACUGAGUCGAUGCGUAGCUGUGUUACAGUCUAUGAUGUUGCUUACGAGCAGUCAUUCACCCAUAAGUGUUCCGAACGGGAUGGCUCGCGACAAACCUCCGGAGCUAAGAGAGCGGAAAGAAGACUUCAAGGUUAUGAUGAAGCACAUUGUUCUCCGUGCGGAUACUCACGCUUUGUAGGUUGAGCUGAAGGAAGAGAUCAAAGUCAAACGAGAACAGAAAUCGGCCUCACCACCUCGCCGUUACGAAGAGUUUGAAGUCGGAACAGUGAACAGUGAACAACAAAUACUCAUUCUCCGCGCAACCGCUGACUCUUAGCAGGCCGAGAUGAAACUGAAGAUCAAAUUCAAACGAGAAGAGAAGGUGAACUCGCCACCUCGCCGGAAAGCCCGUCGUGGCACUCAUGUGACUGUGAUCGAGCUUGACGAUGAUGGCGAAAUAGUCAGCGAAACGACGCGGCCGAGGAAUGCGCCCAUAGACAUGUCAAAGUCCGUACCACUGGAGGAGUGAUGAACUCAGUGAAGCUAGCUAUUGAUGCACGAAGUUGGUUUGGAGAAACCGAAACAUCAUUUCUGGGAGCUGUACGAUUGUGGCAGGUUAUCCCGACUCUCAUGCGCUUCGCACAUAUUCAUGCACCUUUGUGCACUUUCGCUCAUGAACCAACUCAAGCGUCAUGAUUCACUGGUGAGGGACAACACGUACAAUUUGUCCCGGAGGUAGUUAUCUGUCAGGCAACACCAUUUCACUCCAUACAAGAGGUCAUUUUCUGCCCAGAAACUUUCAAGUCAACUCGCAGUUCACCCAACUGCAUCACUACCAUCGGCCCAUAGGAACAUGGCGAUCUCCGAGCUCCUCCCAGGCCUGACGGUCAGCAUCCAGAUCAACGGUCGAGAACUCCCGGAGUAUCGAGACGAGGAUAUCCAAGACCCAGAGCGUACUACAAGCUACCUGAUUGAGGCUGUAGCUGACAGUAUCUUUGAGAUUCAUGCCCGUGCCAAUCCGCAAGCCAUUUUCGCAGGCUCUUCACUGGCUAUCCAGUUCUAUGUCGACGGCAAGUACGUUGAUGGCACACUGAUCGAUGCAGAAGACGUCAGCGAGACUGGUGACAGUGCGAAAAGCCAAGGUCGCUAUGUAAGCAACGACAUGUUGAGGAAAUACCAGUUCGCCUCGCGAGAGCAACAGAUUGAGAUUGUGGAACGACAGAGUAACUCGUUAUCCUCACGUGGUCGUCUUUCGGGACGGUCCAGUGCAACGCCAAGUGUGAGCUACACUGGCUACAAGACUUACACUGGUCCUGGGAAUACCGGCUACACUGCAAGAUACCCUCUGGAGCCGACAUCUGCUGUCCACUCGGAGAAAACUUCCUUCGGCACCAUGACUGGGCCGUCCUACAGUCUUGCGGCUUCGUCGAAUGCUGCAGUCGCUGGCAACUCUACUGGGGCUGUCUCAGCAGGCAGCAAUCCCCCCAUCACCUUGAACAGCACGAUUCCGUUGCCCGAUACAAACUUGAACGCGAGCACUACUGCUGGUGCUCAAUGCAACGAUCUGGAGGAGCUGGGCACAAUCAAGGUCGUGGUUUGCCAUGUCAACAAGAAGCAACCUGUAGACUUCGGCAGAAGCUCAUCGGCUACGUCCAAAAUCAGCGAUAACAUUCAGAAAGCUAUCAAGGACAAAGCUGGAGGUUUGCUAGUAAGAUUCACGGCACCUCAGCACGUGGCGCCAGUGACGACCUGGGAUGUCGACCCUGCGAAUGAUACCGGCGACUCAUCGGUGACCUACAUCUAUCAUUAUCGCACUCGCGAAAUGCUCGAGGCUUUGGACGUGAUUCCAAAUGAUGCUCGAAUCUUGCCUCUUCCACUGCGAGCAAAGAAGCUGGAGACUGUGGAGGAGCUUCAUGAGCACGCAGGUGGACCAAAUUUUGCCGGACAAGACGAUGUCGAUAUGCAGGGUGGUGAGGAUCAGGAUACUGACAGCGGAAGCCGAGGCAUGCUGUCGGCCGAAGGCGAGGAC